AUGACGACUUCUUUCUUUCUGCGUUUGAAAGCUAGGUGUAAGAAUAAUGUAGCCGCGAUGAGAGAUUCUCCGUUGGCGGAAAUAUCAGGCGCUUUUGGUGAUCUAGGAACACUUUUACCUUUGAUGAUUGCUCUGGCUGUCAAUAAUUCGAUAUCCCUUUCAACAACUCUGGUUUUCUCGGGCUUGUGGAAUAUAUUGACCGGUAUCGCUUUUGGUAUACCGCUACCAGUACAACCUAUGAAGGCCAUCGCGGCUGUAGCUAUAUCAAGGAAGUUCUCGAUUGAAGAAACGGUUUCCGCUGGUUACACUGUGGCUGGCGUGGUGCUAAUAUUGAGCGCUACGGGUCUUCUUCGAUGGUUCACGUGUAUGAUACCUACACCCGUCGUCAAAGGUAUUCAGGUUGGAGCCGGCUUGUCUUUGGUUCUUUCUGCUGGUUCGAGCCUUCUUCAGCCCUUAGGCUUCACGACCCCGAAUGCUACUGAUAACCUGAUAUGGGCACUUUUCGCCUUUAUCGCUCUGCUGCUCACGCAGAGAUUUCAAAGGUUCCCAUAUGCUCUAGCUAUCUUCCUACUCGGGCUUAUAUUGUCAUUAUACAUCACGGGCUCAAGCUAUUUACCUUCCUUCCAAAUGUGGCAUCCUGAAAUAUAUGUUCCUUCCGGGACCUCGUUCAAAGUCGGCGCUCUCGACGCAGGCCUUGGACAAAUUCCUCUGACUACCUUGAACUCCAUUAUCGCAGUCAAUUUUCUUGCAGCUGAUCUCUUGCCAAACAUUCCGGCUCCGGGAGUUACUUCCAUUGGUGUCAGCGUCGCAUUCAUGAACCUGAUUGGUGGCUGGUUCGGUGCUAUGCCGGUCUGCCAUGGCUCAGGAGGAUUAGCUGCUCAGUAUCGAUUCGGAGCUAGAAGUGGUGCAAGUAUAAUCAUGCUUGGCACAUUUAAGAUGAUCUUAGGAUUCUUCUUUGGCGAUACACUUGUAGGACUCCUAAAACAUUAUCCAAAAAGUUUACUUGGAAUCAUGGUUGUAGCAGCUGGCCUCGAAUUGGCAAAAGUGGGAGAAAGUCUUAAUUACGGAGCUCGGGAUCUGUGGGAAAUAUCGGAAUCGAGUGUUGGAUCAGACUCAGCUCAACCGCAAACGAUAAAGCGUCAUCGACAGCUUUCUGACGACGAAAGAAAGGAAAGAUGGACAGUGAUGUUCAUGACCAUUGGGUUUCUGCUAGCAUUUAAGAAUGAUGGAGUAGGAUUCCUGGCUGGUAUGUUGUGUCAUGGUUUCAAUCAAUCUUCAAGAUUGUGGAAUACAUGGGAAGGCUGGAGAAUUAGGUAUGGCGAGAGAAAGACCAAUGAUGCUACGUCGAGUCUCAGAGAUGAAGAAGAACAAUUGCUCUCCGGCGCUUAG